GUAUAAAGCAGCGGGCGCUUGCGACUGCCCCACCUCCGCCACAGCGCCUUGCCGGGACUCCUCCGCCCCCUCCCCACCCUGCCGGCCUCCACCAUGACACCGGGCUUCCAGGCCCCUCUCUUCCUCCUGCUCCUGGCAGCCCUGCAGCAUCCAGCUGGCACUGCACAGUCUACUGAUACCUCAUUCUCGACCACCAGCUCAGCCUCGAGCUUGACCACCACCCCCGGACACCACAGCGGCCAGUCGCCGACCACCACGCCCGGACACCACAGCGGCCCGUCCCCGACCACCACCCCCGGACACCACAGCGGCCCGUCCCCGACCACCACCCCCGGACACCACAGCGGCCCGUCCCCGACCACCACGCCCGGACACCACAGCGGCCCGUCGCCGUCCACGACCCCCGGACACCACAGCGGCCCGUCCCCGACCACCACCACCGGACACCACAGCGGCCCGUCGCCGUCCACCACGCCCGGACACCACAGCGGCCCGUCCCCGACCACCACCCCCGGACACCACAGCGGCCCGUCCACGACCACCACGCCCGGACACCACAGCGGCCCGUCGCCGUCCACCACGCCCGGACACCAGAGCGGCCCGUCGCCGACCACCACGCCCGGACACCACAGCGGCCCGUCCCCGACCACCACCCCCGGACACCACAGCGGCCCGUCCCCGACCACCACCCCCGGACACCACAGCGGCCCGUCCCCGACCACCACGCCGGGACACCAAAGCGGCCCGUCCCCGACCACCACGCCGGGACACCAGAGCGGCCCGUCGCCGUCCACCACGCCCGGACACCAGAGCGGCCCGUCCCCGACCACCACGCCCGGGCACCACAGCGGCCCGUCCCCGACCACCACCACCGGACACCACAGCGGCCCAUCCCCGACCACCACCACCGGACACCACAGCGGCCCGUCGCCGUCCACCACGCCCGGACACCACAGCGGCCCGUCCCCGUCCACCACGCCGGGACACCACAGCGGCCCCUCCCCGACCACCACGCCGGGACACCAGAGCGGCCCGUCGCCGUCCACCACGCCCGGACACCAGAGCGGCCCGUCCCCGACCACCACGCCCGGGCACCACAGCGGCCCGUCCCCGACCACCACGCCCGGGCACCACAGCGGCCCGUCCCCGACCACCACCACCGGACACCAGAGCGGCCCGUCCCCGACCACCACGCCCGGGCACCACAGCGGCCCGUCCCCGACCACCACGCCCGGGCACCACAGCGGCCCGUCCCCGACCACCACCACCGGACACCACAGCGGCCUGUCCCCGUCCACCACGCCGGGACACCACAGCGGCCCCUCCCCGACCACCACGCCGGGACACCAGAGCGGCCCGUCGCCGUCCACCACGCCCGGACACCAGAGCGGCCCGUCCCCGACCACCACGCCCGGGCACCAGAGCGGCCCGUCCCCGACCACCACGCCUGGGCACCACAGCGGCCCCACGCCCGGGCACCACAGCGGCCCGUCCCCGACCACCACGCCCGGGCACCACAGCGGCCCGUCCCCGACCACCACGCCCGGACACGAGAGCGGCCCGUCCCCGACCACCACCACCGGACACCACAGCGGCCCGUCGCCGUCCACCACGCCCGGACACCAGAGCGGCCCGUCCCCGACCACCACGCCCGGACACCAGAGCGGCCCGUCCCCGACCACCACCACCGGACAUCACAGCGGCCCGUCGCCGUCCACCACGCCCGGACACCAGAGCGGCCCGUCCCCGACCACCACGCCCGGGCACCACAGCGGCCCGUCCCCGACCACCACCACCGGACACCACAGCGGCCCGUCGCCGACCACCACCACCGGACACCACAGCGGCCCGUCCCCGACCACCACCACCGGACACCACAGCGGCCCUUCGCCGUCCACCACGCCCGGACACCACAGCGGCCCGUCCCCGACCACCACCCCCGGACACCACAGCGGCCCGUCCCCGUCCACCACGCCGGGACACCACAGCGGCCCCUCCCCGACCACCACGCCGGGACACCAGAGCGGCCCGUCGCCGUCCACCACGCCCGGACACCAGAGCGGCCCGUCCCCGACCACCACGCCCGGGCACCACAGCGGCCCGUCCCCGACCACCACGCCCGGGCACCACAGCGGCCCGUCCCCGACCACCACGCCCGGACACCAGAGCGGCCCGUCCCCGACCACCACGCCCGGGCACCAGAGCGGCCCGUCCCCGACCACCACGCCCGGGCACCACAGCGGCCCGUCCCCGACCACCACCACCGGACACCACAGCGGCCUGUCGCCGUCCACCACGCCCGGACACCAGAGCGGCCCGUCCCCGACCACCACGCCCGGGCACCACAGCGGCCCGUCCCCGACCACCACCACCGGACACCACAGCGGCCUGUCGCCGUCCACCACGCCCGGACACCAGAGCGGCCCGUCCCCGACCACCACGCCCGGACACCAGAGCGGCCCGUCCCCGACCACCACCACCGGACACCACAGCGGCCUGUCGCCGUCCACCACGCCCGGACACCAGAGCGGCCCGUCCCCGACCACCACGCCCGGGCACCACAGCGGCCCGUCCCCGACCACCACCACCGGACACCACAGCGGCCCGUCCCCGACCACCACUCCCCGACACCAUGGGGUCCCGACCUCGACCCGCAGCUCAGCCUCGACCUCGACCGCCACCUCCGGACAGCACGGUGGCACAUCCCCGACCCACAUCCCGCCCGCCAGCACCUCUCACCGUGGCCCGGAACCUCCCACGCCCUCCAAUCACAGCACUUCUCCCCAGUCUCUGAGCAUCUCUGUCUUCUCGCUGUCCUUUUCCAUCGAGAACCGUCAUUUUAACUCUUCUCUGGAAGAUCCGGGCUCUAGCUACUACCAGGAGCUGCAGAGGAACAUUUCUGAGCUGCUUUGGCAGAUUUAUAAGAAGGAAGGUUUUCUGGGCCUCUUUAAUAUCAAAUUCAGAGCAGGAUCGGUGGUGGUCGAAUCGAGCCUGGCCUUCCGAAAGGGCGCCACGGAUGCCCACAGAGUGCAGACACAGUUGGAAGAGAACAAAAAAGAAUUUGCCGCAUAUCACCUGUCCAUCUCGAAUGUCAGGGCACAACAUGUGUCGCCCCUUUCCUCCGGCCAGUCUGGGUCUGGGGUACCUGGCUGGGGCAUUGCUCUGCUGGUGCUGGUCUGUGUCCUGGUGGCAUUCGCCAUCAUCUGUGUCAUUGCUCUGACGGUGUGUCAGUGCCGCCGAAAGAACUGUGGGCAGCUGGACAUCUUCCCAGCCCGCGACGCCUAUCACCCUAUGAGCGAGUACCCCACCUACCACACCCACGGGCGCUACGUGCCUCCGGGCAGCAGACGCAGCCCCUAUGAGGAGGUCUCUGCAGGCAACGGGGGCUUCGCGUCCGUGAACCCGAGCACGUCAGCCACUUCCGCCAACCUGUAGGCGCGCGUUGCCGCCGAGCGUCCAGAUGGCAGUGCCACGUGCCCUCCCCCAGGCUCCUCACUGCCGGAGUCCUCUCGGCUUGGGUCUGUGCCUCGCUGGUGAGCUGGGAGCUCAGGCGGGCUGCUCACAGGCCCCACCGGGUCCCCUAACCCACGUCAGCCCCGCUGAAGCCCAUCCAAGCCCCUUGGGGACAGGCCCGGGGCAGGGGCUCCCAGGAGGACUGGCCCAGAAAGCCCCAAGUUGGAAAUGUGAACGGGACUGGGGCUGAAUAAAAAGGGAACCUCUUCUGUGCUGACGGCCA